ACGAGCGCAAUCAACAGCAGAUUGGGAAUGGCAUCGCCAGGAAAGCGGGAGCGCGAAGUGCUUGAAGGACUCGUUCAUGGAGACGGAACUAGGGAAGAAGACGGCGGCGAGUGUGCCCCGCCAGCAAAGAGUCCGAAACUAAGCAUCAAGGACGGAGGCCCUCGACCGGGACAGGCGGCGCCACCUUGCAAAAUGAACCGAUUUGGGUUUGGACUGCUUCCACCCAAGCCCAUCGUCGUUGCCGUAGCAGGGGUGACAAGUUCUCGCGAGUCCAAUCAAGACGAGAACGAAAAUAGGACCGCGAACACCAUCGUCGAGGAGGUCAAGCCGCCGACAAGUCAAUCCCUCACGUUGGAAUUCGACAUGACGACCGCACAGAGGAACAUUGUCACCACGAAACCAUUGACGUCGAACCCCAAGGGCCGGGCGGGAUCGGGGCCAAAAUCCGCUGGGUCCAUUCCCAAACCAGCGACUUCAAUCCCGAAGGGUGCGAAGCGAGGCUCGGCGCUACCGCAGCCGCGUGCACUUGUGAAACCCCGGGUUCGGCGGACCACGAUUCCUCCUCCAUCGAGCAAGCAGAGUGCCGCAGAGGUUGUGGCCAUUCCCACGACGUCAGACAUGCAUCGUCCGUCGGCCGAGGACUCGAGCAAUGUGGGCUUUGAAUUGAGUCCCAAGGAAUCGUUUGUCGCGCUUAUCAAGGACAAAAUGAGCGUGGUCAGUCAAAUCGACGACGCGAUCAAGUUGAAGCGAUCGAGGCUCAAGCCACACGACUGGCGCGGCAAGUUUGACGAGCAAAAGGCGACUUUGCUCGACAUGCGGGCGCUGCUUCGCCGCGUCGUGGACGAAGCCAAACAACUCGAACAAGAUGCGUUCAAGAUGGACCAAACCAUCGCCAUGGACCGAAAGGUGCUUGAACGCGAACUCGACCACGCCAACGAGCGCAACCAGCGGGUCGAUUCCAUUGCGCACGAGGUUCAAUCCAACAUCACAGACAUGCAAGUGACCAUCGGCAAGCUCAAAAGCGAAAAGGACCGGCUCACGUCCGAGCUGAACGACGCUCGGACGAAGCUCCAAGGGGCCACGGACGUCCAUGCCCAACUGGUCGAAGCCCAAACGUCGCGGGACCAGGCCAAACUUGAGUUUGAUCGACACGUGGCAGCGCUGACGAGCGAGAAUCAUGCGCUGCAGGGUCGGCUAGACACGCUAGAGCAAGUCCACGCGUCGGAGAAAGCCACGUUAAGUCGCAAGAACGACGAAGUGUCGACCAUGUUUGCCAGUCUCAAGCAAAUGCUCGACUUUGCCACGUCUGCCAACGUCAAACUCGAGGCAGACAACACCCAACUGCGCGCCAAGACAACCGACGUCGACGCGCAGAUCAAGGACUUGGAGACCAAGUACACGGCCGCGAGCACGUCGUUGCGCCACGUGGAAGCGGAGCUGCAGGCAUGUCGUGCCGCCAAGGACGAAGCGGUGGCGCUCGUGGCGGAGAAGUCCGAGCUAGUGCGCGUCGUGUCGGCCGAAGUGCACGAGCACAUUCGGCAGGCGAGUGUGGAGAAGGAGCUGCGGGUGCACACGGACGCGCAAAUGCGCGAGUUACGCGUGGAGCAGCUGGCCACGAACGCGCAGAUGGAAGCGGUGAAGGCCGAGAUGAAGCACAUGAGCGAACGACACGCGGACAAGCUCGGUGCGGCCACUGCCGCGCUCGAGGCGAUGGAAGCCCAGCUCAAAGCUGACGCGGCAGCGCACGCGGCGGCUGUCGACAAGCUCCGCGAGGUGACGGUGAGCCUCGAGAGCGAACUGCACACGUGGCGCCUCAAGGAAGCCGACAACACGAUGGUCGAAAUGACGGCGUUGGUGGACGCCAAGCGAGAGGCGGACGUGCUCAAGCUCCGGCUCAAGGAACUGAACCACCAUGGCACGCAGAGUUUGCACGAAAAGGAUGCGCGGAUCGCCGCCCUCGAAGCCAAACUCAAGGAUGGCGAGGUCCAACGGCGCAAGAUGCACAAUACGAUCCAGGAACUGCGCGGCAACGUCCGGGUGUUUGCACGCACGAGGCCGUUCCUGCCGUCCGACGGCACCGGCGCCGUGUCGGCACUCACGUGCGACGGCGACCUCCAGUGUGUGACACUGAAACGCGACAAAGAAACGCACGCGUUCACGUUUGACAGAGUGUUUGCGCCUGUGAGUGGCCAAGACGCUGUGUUCGAGGAAGUGUCGGAGUUUGUGCAGUCGGCAAUCGACGGGUACCAAGUGUGCUUGUUUUCGUAUGGGCAAACGGGCUCGGGCAAGACCCACACGAUGCAAGGCAGUGGCAACGGCCACAUGCGCGGGAUCAUUCCUCGAUCGAUUGAGAAGAUCAUGGCCGAAGUGACCAAGAGCGAGGCGCAAGGGUGGCGCUACGUCAUGCAUGCGUCAUUUCUAGAGAUUUACAACGAGACAGUGCGGGAUCUGCUGGCAGACAAGGCGGACAAGAAACUCGUGCUCAAGAUGGACCCAAAGAACGGCCAGAACGCCGUGAUGGUGCAAGACCUGACCCUUGUGACCAUCGACAGCUUGCAUCAAGUGGAAGGCCUGAUGGAGAAGGCGGCGCGGGUGCGAAGUGUGGCCUGUACAGACAUGAACGCGCAGUCGUCGCGGUCCCACAGCGUGUUUUCGCUGCAUUUACGAGGCGUGAACGACGCGCAAGGCACGGUGCUCGAGGGCAAGUUGAAUCUGGUCGACUUGGCCGGGAGCGAGCGGCUGUCCAGGUCUGGGGCCACGGGCUCCCGACUCAAGGAGACCCAAGCAAUCAACAAGAGCCUGAGCUGCCUCACGGAUGUGUUUGCCGCCAUUGGCAACAAGAGCCCCCAUGUACUGCAUACGUCUAUAUAGCCCAAACUACUAUGUACUACUGACACGUUUAGAUUCCAUUCCGCAACUCCAAGUUGACAUAUUUAUUGCAAAGCUGUCUCUCGGGGGACGGCAAGACCCUCAUGAUGGUGAAUCUGUCGCCGACAGUCGAGUCAGCCCAUGAGAGCUUGUGCUCGCUGCGGUUUGCACAACAUGUGAACCAGUGCGAGUUGGGGAAACCCAAGCGCCAGCUCAAGAAGAAGUCGGACGAGGACGCAGUAGUGUAGGGGGUUAACUGUUAACCAAACGGAAUGAUUGUCGUGUAAAAGUGCAAA